AUGAGGGAGUCUUCCGGGAAGGAGAAGAUGCUGUCACACUCGAUCCACGCUCUGCUGCAGCCGAAAGGCAUGGAGGAACCGACUCUAUCCAUUUUUCACCUCUUUGGCGAGCCGUUGGUAUGCCUUUUGCUAAAUGGAGAGGAGCGCCUCUGUCUCGCGCAAAUUUCCUCGCGCCUGCUGCGCGGCUACUCCUACAACGAGAUCCAUAACCGGCGCGUGGCGCUUGGCAUCACCUGCGUCCAGUGUAGUCCGCGCCAGCUAGAGAUGCUGCGCCGUGUAGGUGCUAUGCCACUGAGCUCACGGCGCUGCGGCACCAUUACAAAGCGCGAGGCUCAGCGUCUCGUGGAGUCCUUCCUACAGCAUCUACCUGCACCACCUCGACUGCCAGAGAACUUCGUCUUUGAGGUAGAGCACCACUGUGGUUGGGGCUGUUCCGGGCUCUUCGUGCCCACGCGCUACAACAGCUCGCGUGCCAAGUGUGUCCAAUGCGCCUUCUGCCAUGUAUUUUUCUCGCCGAACAAAUUCAUUUUUCACUGCCACAGCGCGGCUGAAACCGGUGUACAGCAGCAAAUCGUCAAUUACCGCCAUCCAGAUGCUGCCAAUUUUAACGCUUGGAGGCGCCACCUCCUACUAGCAAACCCCAAUCCCCCGGAUAGUCUGCUCUUCGCAUGGGAGGACAUUAAGGCAAUGUUCAAUGGUGGUAAUCGUACUAAGAAGGUGCCCCUCUCUCUCCCCCUUCCCACACCUUUUGCCACCACCACAACUACUACCUCCACUGUCGCCACCCCUGUUGAGACGGUGGAAGAAGAUCCUAAUGAGUCUGCAACAUUUGCGGCGUGCUUCGCGCCACCGAAGCGUCCCACUCUGCUGGGUGUUGCUCCGCUGAUUGCUCCCGACGUUCUGAUGUUGAAAACUCACCCGAACCUCCCUUCUCUAAUGGGUCAACAUACCUCUGAAUUGUCGAGCUAUUUGUGGUUGAGUGGCACAACCUCAGGAGAGCCAAUGCAAUCGCAUUGUGGUAGUAGCGGUUACAGCACCAGUAGUGGGGAUGUUUGCGGUGGCGCUUGCGUCAACGACAGUCUCUCCGCAUGGACUGCUCAUCUGCGAGAGUACUUCGAAAAGGUGACUCAAGGCAUCUUUCUUCCGCCCCCACCUCCGCCUCCGCCUUUGCCCGUGCCUCCACUCCCGCCAUCACCCUCAAUGCGCUUGUUGCAUAGUGAGUGCUUGAAAAUGAGUGAUCGUGGAUCUCAUGAAUUGUCUGAUGCACAAAAUGGGAGGUCGAUUCGUCGUAGGAAGUCUCUACUGUAUCGGAUUACUGAUACCAUUACAUCCUUCCUUCCCUCCCUCUUUGAAUCAAAAGACGAGGCUCCUUCUGGAAAUGACAAUAGAGAAGUUCACUAUAUUGAAAGUUCAGCAAAGAGGUCUCGGACUUCUACGGUCCCCGACGUGUCCUUGCGUUCAGUCUCAUCUCGGUUACCGAGGCAUCUCUCUAUCAGUCGUUUAGAGGGUGUGCAGAUUCCGAAUGUAUCCUCGCCGGUGUCUGUAGUUGUGGAUGUUGAUCUUGAUGCAGUGGACGAUAGAUCAGAGUACAGUACUGGAAGCAGAGUUUCGAUGUCCACCAGUGGCGUGUCGUCACUUUUUCCUCGAAGACAUCGGAACGAACACCCUUUCGUGAAAUCGCAGUCCAGGAAUUAUCGAUCUGAUUCUGUUGGGCAAGGAAAUAGCUCGAACAAAAAUAGGGGCUUUAUUGAGCUAUGGACUGACCUUGAAGGGUGUAAACAAUCGACUUUAAAUGCGACACACUCAGCUCCCAAAAGGAUGCGAAUGGAAAGUACUCAGAGCCCCUUAUCUAGCGCCUUUUCUUCGCCGUUUUAUCGUGGUAGAGUUGCCUAUGGAGGGGCGUCAAGUUUGCGUUGUACACCGCAGUCGCGUAAUGUGUUUGAGCAUGUUGCUCCACUUCAUUAUAUCAUGGAGGAUAAUGAGGGCGAGUCACCUAAUAGCUCGCCUUCAUCUUCGAAUGCGAUACUUAGUGCCACUGCCCAGCGCAUACUUCAGAGUCUGGAGAGACAUGGUUCUGCGAUACCAUCUGGUAGUAAGGUUUCGUCUCUUGUGCCGAUUCCUUUCUCUCCACUUUCAACGCCUUUACGGCGAAGUACGACUCGUUAUCCUUCUUAUAUGGCCACUUAUAAUCGGUAUAAGGAGUUCAAGCGACAGUUUGCUUCUCAGUCACCAAGUCCAUCGGUCUUGCCACAAUUUUCUGUCCUUCGUAAUCGCACUGAAGAGCAUGACAGCGAAGCUGUAACCCUUGAAAAAGGCGAUACUAUUGGCGUCACAAGGCCGUCGGCAUUCGAAGCGUCUUCUGAGUCAUCGCAGACUUUAAAGCCUACCUCGAUUCAGUCUCAUGGUGCCUUAACUAUAUCCGAGAGGUCAAAGGCAGACAUGGAACGUCAUCCUAGCGCCAGUUAUGCGAACUUUACGAAGGAAGGCGAAAAUAUUGAUGAAGUUGGGUUGCAGAUACCUGGAACUGUUUCUGAUGCCUGUAUUUUGGCAAAACCGUCAACGGGAGCAGGGUUAUUGUCUCCCAAUCAACAAACAAAGUUCGUUUUUUCUAGUCCGAUUUCUCUGGGAUCACCCAUGGGGUCUUCUGCCAUUCUUCCGGCUGUAUGUGAAUUUGCUUUCAGCUACCCCAAACCAUCGUUUAAAAGGCCGGCUCCUGUGGAAAAUUCAUCUUUCCUCCCCAUUUUAAUGUCACCCCAGCAGCCGAUGUUAGCCCAUCCACAUCCAUCUAAGAAAGUUACCGCGCUUAACUUCAAUCUUGCUUUUCUAGCCGCAUUACCAUCUGAUCUGGAUUUAUGGAGAUGUGAAAGUUGUCUGAUGGAGAACUCUGGAAGGGAUGGGGUGUGCAAGUCUUGCCAUCUACCGAUUCCUGUUCCAUAUACCUCGAAAUCUAAUUCCAUAGCUGCUACCCCCGAUAAACCCGCUUUUUUGGUUAGUUCCCCAUCGAACGGUUGGGAGUGUCCUACUUGCAUGGUCAAGAACAAAAUAGAAGCUCCGGAGUGUGUCUGUUGUCACACAUUGAAACCGUCGGUCAAAGUGGUUACCGAUAUUUCAAAGGAGAAGGUUACUGUCGCACCUACUUUUAACUUCGGUCCUCCCAAAUCAGUCUCAUCUACCGACACCGUAUGUGUGGCACCAACGGGAGACAAAGGGUCACUUUCCGGCUCUGCGUUCAAUUUCGGUAAUCCUGUCACAUCGACUCCUAAUUCACCUGAGGUUGUUAAACGUGCAUCCCAGUCUUCCUUGUUUUCCAGCAAAGGAUGGAACUGUCCUACUUGUCUCGUCAAAAAUGAUGAAAGUCUUAAAGAUUGUCCCUGCUGCAAAACUGCAAAACCUAUGUCAAACGAUUCUCCUGCCUCCAGAGUAGUUGGUUGUGGUUCCAUCUCUGGCUUCAAUUUCAGCAAUCCCAAUAAUGUGACACCUACCGCAGCUAGUUUUUGUUUUGGAAACAAGUCGGAUCAAACAACUACACCUAAUUUCAAAUUUGGCGAUUCUGCAGUUCACAAAAAUGAGGUCGGGGUUAAGUUCGGUAAUGCAGGCGAGAAUAAAUGGGAGUGUCCGUCUUGCAUGGUCAAAAACAGCGAUGUUGUUGGCUCCUGCGUUUGCUGUCAGACGAAUAGACCUUCAUUGCCGCUGAAAUCCAAUCCUAGUGUUCCAAAUGAAAGUGAUGAUAAAUGGGUUUGUUCUACUUGUUUGGCAAAGAAUGAUGCUUCUGCUGAUCUCUGUUUGUGCUGUCAGACCAAAAAGUCUAAGAUUUCCAACUCUGUUCCUGCAGAAAGUGAGUGGACUUGCGUCAAGUGUUUGGCAAAAAAUGGUGUUUCGGUUUCAAAAUGUGUUUCUUGUCAAGCUAAAAAUCCCGAAGUGUAUCCGCAUGCAGGCACCCAGUUUGGAACUUCACAGCAUUUUUCUUCUCCCCCAGUUAUUGUGUCGACUCUAAAACCGUCUUUAAACUUUGGCUCUCAAAAUUCAAGUGCCGUGUCCGUUUCCAGUUUUACAACAGCUACUUCGGACACUCCAUCGUUCUCCUUUUCAAAACCAGCCGAUGUAUCUAAUACUCCAGCUAGGGUCAUUGAACCAUCUGUCACUUCAAUAUUUUCUAACCUGAAGAAUGGUGGCUUCAACUUUGGCUCCUCAGGUGGACCAUCUGGAUUUGAUUUUAGCGCCAAAAAAGAAAACGUAACUCCCGUCGUAAGUGCUACAACGAGUAGUUUCCCUUCGGUUUCGUUCAACUUUGGAGCAUCACCUGUUACAGCACCUGUGUUCAAGUUUGGCGAACCGAAACUGUCAUCAGGUAAUACUUCUGGUGACACUGGGAGUGCGAGCGAAUCUACGGUUCCCAUGGCAAACGACAUCUACGUCACAGAUUCAGUUAUGGUUCGUAUUCAUUACCUCUUUGAUGAAGUGUGUGUGGAAUUUACCAAUUUGAUGCCUCUGGACCGAUCAGGUCGUGGCGGUGUGAGGGGUCUCCAAUGUCAAUGGAUCGUGUGGUUUGCAGCUCUUAAAAAGCAUAUCGGGACCUUGCGUGGAGUCUAUGGGAUGUCUGAGCAUAUGCCUGCAUGCUCUGUGGCGAGGAACGUUGAGCGCCUGCUACUGGCUCAGGUUGCGUGGAUUUCGGUGGCUGAGAGUCGCACGAAAUGUAGACUUGGCAUCAUGAAUCACGCGAUUUGUCACAAGCAAAUGAUGGCGAUCUGUGCAGCCAAGCACACGAGCAUUGAUAUCGAUGCUCGAAUUGGACCUUGCCUGUGUCUGAUCUCGUGGUGA